GAAACUCUCCAUGCCCUUCGUCCGAAUUGUGUGCUCUUCGAACAGAGCAGCUAUGGAGGGAUCUGAUCUGUUGACUCGAAGGAACUUGCUCUUACCUUCACUUUGAGGCUUGUCGGACGGAUGUAGAGGUGAUCUGAGCUGGUUAGCUGGUUUCCAUUAUUCAGAUCUGGUUCAAUUCCGGUUUUUCCAUUUUGAGUGUGGCCAUCUCGCGUCGAAUGCCAGAGCUUGAUCAGAAUCGUGAUCCCAGCUCUUAAACCACGCGGGCUACGACAUGAAGGUUUUUUGCACUUCCUGUUGAAUUAGUCUGGCAACAAUCUUGGUCCUUCCCAGAUGAUCGUAGGCGCAAUUUGGCGUUGGAAUUGAAGCUGACAUGAUUAUCCGGUAGCUGCAGUUCAUCAACGACUGCGAUUUUCAGCUUCAGAUGUGCCCUAGCUGUGGCAGGAAUAUGGGGAUCCAAAGAGCUGGAAUUCGAGGCAGCAGCCAAUUCGAAAUUGUUGCAUACUUCUCUUUUGAUCGAUUGGAACGGGCUGCUGUGAAUUGUCCAGGUCCGACUUAGUAGGGUUUUAAGGCAUUGCUUCUUUCGAUCAUUUCUGCCACAGGAAGAAGCUCUGUUGUGAGAUGCACGACGGUUUGUAUGGAUUUGAGUCUUCACUGAGAGCCUGCAGGACGGGUGAUUUUUUAUAAAAGCUCGUACAGAAUAUGCUGACUGAUGAAGAAGAGCAACCUGAACAGGGAGCUCAGGGCUGAACAAUCAAAUGGUGGAAAUAAGUCGGUGAGACAUAAUGCUGAUAAAAGUAUUUCAUGGCUCAAAGACUCCUCCAAGCUAAAAAUUGGGCUGUCUUCAGCUUUCGUAUAUUCUCUCCCAAACCAAAAUCGAAAUGCAGCUGGUGAUCCAGGAACUGCGACAAGGACUGAACCUUGUGUUAUCAAAGGUUUGGAUAUGCAUAUCAAGCGGUCUAUACUCCAGGCAUGGGAAGGGCUGUCUGUCGCACCAAAAGGCUGUCACAACUAUCGGAGGCCAGGAAUUAGUGCUCCAGUUGAAAAGGGUAAACUUAAAUCAGGAUUCAUUUCUCAACCCACGCCUUUCCAGCAAACCUCCAAGAAGUAUGACGGUGCACCUCGAAGCAACCUCACAGCAACUUUUAAUGAAGUACAAGCAGUGCCAAAAUUUACAGCUCAGCCAGGUCAGCGGCCUCAGGCAGAUAGUCCGUUUUCGGCUCCUGGUACCCGCACCGGUCCGACGUACACAACUAACGUCAACCAUUCGGAGGCGGGUCAAACACGCAGCCAUUCAAGUGCCGGUGGAGGUCUAGCGCCUUUUGGCGUCUCCGAAACACCAACUGGAAAAACCUGGCAGAAUGAUCAAGCAGUAAAUGUUGCCAGAACAAAAGAUGAUACGAGGAACAACAAUACAGUCGCUCCCACGGGACUAAGAGCAGCAACUUCGCAGUUGCACGAAGGAGCUUCAGCAUUGAAACCGUAUCUUUUGGAAGACGAUGACGACAUACUAGAGACGAUCGAUCUCGACCAGAUUGUCUCUAAACAUUACGACAAAGGAUGUUCGCAACAGACACCUAUCUCUCGUCAAGAUGGAAACUUGGUCGGAACUCCGCAUGUUCACGAGCAUCUCCAACAGAGUACACCAGGAGCGAGGGCGUCUACCGAAGAUCAAGCUGUCCAAGGACAGCCAUGCAGACACGGCUUUCAGGUUCAUCAAUGCAGGGAGGCCACAUUACAUUUACAGGAGAUGAAAGACGAACUCAUUCAAGUCUCUAACGAACUUCUGGAUAAUGCAGCCGACUUGAGUCCAAGUAGAUCUGAGACGCUUCGUAUGCACAGAGCUACCUUGAACAAGGAAAUACAAAGUUUGGAAAAGCAGCUCCAAUGCUCUACCCCAGAAGUUGGAAGGUCUCACUCUACUUUUCCUGCAGCUACUACUCCUGGUCUUCAUGGCACGAAUGGACAAACAUCUGCUUUUCAAAAUGGACCCAUGGGCCAAAGAAAUCACGUGGAUUCAGUCCCCACUUCCAUUUCUGGAAAUGGGCAGUAUUCGACUGUCGCAGGAACUUACGGGCCUGUUGGGGUUAGGGUGGACUAUGAACAGAGUGCCUUCUUGAUGACGCACAAGGAGAACAUAGGACCCUUUCAAAAUCAGUCGGUGACCUUUUCUAGCUUUGAAAACCAGACAAAUAAUUUGUCAGGAUUCUGUAAGACGCCUACUCCAUUCGCAGAGGUUAACUACACGGAAGGAUCUACAGACAAGCAAUGGAGUCGGAGGGAUUUUCCAUGGACGAGGGAGCUUGAGGUCAACAACCGUAGGUAUUUUGGUAACCGAUCGUUUAGGCCUAAUCAACGAGAGAUCAUAAAUGCAACAAUGAGUGGACGAGAUGUCUUUGUGCUGAUGCCAACAGGUGGAGGGAAAAGUUUGACCUACCAGCUACCUGCUAUCUGUCAGCCUGGUGUUACGCUCGUUAUAUCUCCACUGGUAUCCCUUAUCAUGGAUCAAAUCAUGCAUUUAUCUGAGGCCAACAUACCGGCUGCGUAUCUGAGCAGCAGUCAAGAUUGGACAGAGCAACAGAGGAUAAUGCGGGAAUUGAAUAAAGGGCAAUGUGAAUUUAAGCUUCUAUAUGUGACACCGGAAAAAAUUGCAAAGAGCGACAGUCUUUGUAGAAAUCUGGAGAACCUAUACAAACGGGAUCUCUUGAAUCGUAUUGUUGUAGACGAGGCCCAUUGUGUAAGUCAGUGGGGCCAUGACUUCCGUCCUGACUAUCAGAAUCUUGGCGUCUUAAAACAGCGGUUUCCAAGUGUGCCCCUUAUGGCACUAACUGCAACUGCUACCAUGAGCGUGAAGGAAGAUGUUGUGCAAGCUCUCGGACUUAAAGAUUGUGUCAUCUUCAGACAGACGUUCAAUAGACCCAACCUUAGAUAUUCAGUUGUUCCUAAAUCAAAAAAGGUAAUGGAAGAUAUAGAUAAGUUCAUCCGGGAGAACCACAGAAAUGAAUCAGGAAUUAUUUAUUGCCUUUCGAGGAUGGAUUGUGAAAGGGUGGCUGAAAAGUUAAAGGAAUUGGGACAUAGGGUUGCCUUUUACCAUGGUCAGAUGGAACCUGACGAGAGAAACCUCGUUCAGAGGCAAUGGAGCAAGGACGAAGUGCACAUAAUUUGUGCUACUGUUGCGUUUGGAAUGGGCAUAAAUAAACCAGACGUUCGGUUUGUGAUCCACCAUUCGGUUCCCAAGUCAAUCGAAGGCUAUCAUCAGGAAUCUGGCCGUGCAGGGAGGGAUAAUCUUCCUGCUUCGUGUAUUCUCUACUACAAUUAUGGAGAUUAUAUACGGGUCAAGCACAUGCUGACCCAAGGAGCAGCAGAGCAGAACACGGCUGGAUAUAAUAACAAUCGACAAUCUUUCAAUCCAACUUCUAAUGCUUCAAUUCAACUCACCACUAACCUGGAAAAUCUUCUGCGGAUGGUUGGUUACUGCGAGAAUGAAGUUGAUUGCCGAAGGUCCUUGCAGCUAGCUCAUUUUGGUGAAUUAAACUUCAAUGCAUCAAGCUGCAAGGGUACAUGUGACAACUGUGCUCGAUCAGUUAGCGUUGUGGAAGAGGAUGUCAGCGAAGUAGCCAAGCAGAUAGUAGAACUGGUGAAGCAAAUGGGACAACGCUUUUCUCUAAGCCAUAUUCUGGAUGUCUUUAGAGGAUCACUUAAUGCACAAAUCAAGAAGUUCCAGCAUGAGAAAUUGGAGCUCCAUGGAGCGGGGAAGAAGUUUAGCAAAGGAGAGGCGGAACGGAUCCUCCAUCGUCUGGUUUUCGAUAAUAUUUUGAGGGAAGAUGUCAGCAAGAGCGACCUCUACGGUUCUGUGUCAUCGGUUUUGAAGGUCAAUGACGUCAAUGCAGGAGCUCUGAUCUCUGGGCGGAUGAAAGUCGUGAUGAGGUUUCCUACCGCAAAGAAGGCUGAGAAGCCUGAAAAGGCUGAUUCCUCAUCGAAGAAGAUGCCUCUAUCUGUCAGCAGAAGUUCUACAUCUUCACCUGAUGAGGCUCAAGUGGACCCUGUUCUUUCAAGCAGGAUCUAUGGUGCCCUACUAUCUCUUCGAAAAACUUUGGUCAACGAAGCCGGUGGAAACCUGAUGCCAUAUCAUAUUAUGGGAAACGCAGAGCUGGAAGGAAUUAGCAAAAAAUUACCGAGAACAACAGAGGAGUUGCUUGAGGUCAAUGGUAUAGGGAAGUUGAAGAGCAACAAGUACGGGGCUCGCAUUCUGCAAAUAGUCGCUGAAGUAAUAGAGGAAUCUCAGCGAGAGUCUGGUCCAGAUGGGGUUGAAAAGAAAGGAAACAAUGGCAAGACCCCGGCCGCGGUGCCGCCCAAAAGAAUUAGAGAAGCGACUGUUGAUCAAGGCUGGCGAAAAGUUGUGAAACCGGGAAACCCUGAUGAUGACUUUAUUCUAAGGAGCCCUAGUCUUUCAAGGACUACAAAACGGCCCAAGGCACCUCAGGUUCCAAAGCUAGUCAACAAGCAGCUGAACGGUGGAGAUAGAUGUGAGACUGACGAGCUCUGUGACAAGUUUCUUCCUACCCACGAAUUACACCAAGGCGAAUCUUUAAGUAGUAAUAGUUUUGCUGAAUAUGCUUUUAGGAACAUCCAUAGAUAGAAUGGCCACUCCCACCCUCAACCCACCUUCCUCAACUCAACCCAAAGCCUGGGACUGGGACUGGAUUCAGAAGCAGCUUAACCAAGGGAAGACUUUUUUCUUUCCGUGAGUCCUUUAGUGGACUUAGAAGAUCCGCUGAUGACCUUGGUGGUUAAGGGAUUGCCUCAAAGUGAACCUCUGAAGCAAAAUGUCCAGACAUUGGCCAGUUUCGGGAUGUUUUCAUUUCUGCUAAACCGGCAUCCUCGAAAUGUAUCCAGGACCUCUUUGGGGGUUGACAUCUAGUCUUCCCAAAGUGAAGACUUGCAGUUAUCAUAAAUCCACGUAGAACAUCACGGCUGGCUGUAGGAGCGGCUACACGGGAAGAAGAAUGUGACGUGAGUCUUUCAAACAACCCGAUUCGCCAGACACGCGGACGUCUUCCAAAUACAAGUUGCUCGUGAACAUGCCAACGAUCUUGAGAUAUUUUGGAGAAGUAUCCUUUCCUUCACUGGAAGCCUUGACCGCACGCAUGACGCAGGAAAGAUAUGAACUCAGACAGUUUUUACAUUUUGCACUUGUUUUGACUUCGGGAUUUCCCGAAGUCAAAACAAGUUGCAUAGAUUAACAUUGGUGAGGAGCAACCGACAAAUUGCACCUUGACACCAAUUGAACUCAAUUUGCCCAGAAUAAAAGUUGUGGAGG